AUGGCAAGUUUGGACGUCCGAACCGCGCCCACCACCUUUCCUGUCUUGCUAGGUGGUCGGGACCGCAGCAAAGUUGAGCUCGCAGAGCAGGAGGCUGUGACUGCAGACAUCAAGAGCCCGCUGAACAGGGACCUUACUAAGGCCGCUGGAGUCCGUGCUUCGACGACGCAGCGUGAUGAGACGCCGGUGCCAGAAGAGCCGUCUCGGCAGGCAGCGUCGCCGCCGCAGCAGGUCUUAGAUGUGCUUCUCUCCAAAGAGGAGGCACUGAGCUUGCAGUCUGAGCUGAUGGAAGCCUUCAGCGCCCCUGCAUUUCAAAAGCAGCUCCACGAGCUUGGACGUUUGCAUGGUGUUGGGACAGACGGAUGCCGAGCAUUAGUCCUGAAAUUGGUCCGAAGUAAACAAGUCGAGAUCAUCUCACGUUUCGGCCUGCAAAGCUCUCAGGCGGGUAUUGAGGGUAUGCUGUCUGCCUUCAAGUCCCUCGAGACGGACCCAGACAUCCAGGUCAACAACAUGGCCAUGAAGGAGCUGCUCUGCCUGAGCGAGAUGCCGUUCCCGACGCCGGUGCCAGAGGUGCGAAUGGUCGUGCAGCGUCCGUCUACGAAGCAUCGCGUCAUGGACGUUCUUCGAGUCCAACUCAUUGAGUUCAGCAAGGCGACCUUCCAACUUGAGGUCGAGGAGCUAAAGCGCCAGGCGAAGGUGUCGGAUGCAGCGGGUGGCUUCUACCACCUACCUGGCCGCGCUGACCUGGCCCUGAUAGUGCAGCAGGUCCUGCUUCCCCAGUAUGGCUUCGCUGGCUCCAAGGAAGGAGUGCAAGACAUGAUCCAGCAUUGCGCCCCGUUCGUCAAGGAUCCAGACGUGGCAAGCCUGCUCGACAGGGUGAAUGACCGACUUGGCAUGUCCACUGCGGCAUGCGAUCGCUUCAGGGAUCUUCUGGCCCACUUGGCCUGA